AUGAUCGGCUCUACGUCAACCAAAUUAAAAACAGAAGCCUUACAAAGUGUAGACGAGGAAAAGGCAUUUCUCUUGUCAGAUGACAAAACAUUAUCUGACAUUGAGAGCGACGCUGGAAGGGCUCAACUUGAGUCCAGAUUUCCUUCGUCGUCCAGCACAGCAGCGUCAUGGCUGACAGCGGCCGGGACGUUUGCUGGAAACAACCUGUCGAGGCCGAUAUCCUGGAAGACUGCCAUGGCACGAAUCACUCUAUUUUUGCUACCCAGUUUCGUCCCCUCUCGCCUCUCCAGUCUGCCACCAAGAGACGCACGGCGCUCAUGUAGAGCAGAACGACUCGGCCCUACCGCAUACCUCGAUGGCAUGCGUGGGGUCGCAGCUUUUGCCGUUUUCUUUUGUCACUACUUUUACACAUGUUUCCGCAUCGCUGAGGGAUUUGGUUAUGGCGAAAACUACAACAUCAUGAAGCUCCCCAUCAUACGCCUUUGGUUCCAGGGGCCGCCUAUGGUCUGCGUAUUCUUCGUCAUCUCGGGAUAUGCCUUGUCACUCAAGCCCCUGAAGCUGGCACGGGCGGCAGCUGCGCCUCGGUCGUCGACCUCGAGUCCUUCACCAACCGAGGCUUUCUCGAGGACCAUGUCAUCCUUUGUCUUUCGUCGCUUCUUCCGACUCUUCCUACCAACAGCGGUCUCGACCUUUUUGAUCCUAAUCCUCCUCCGAAUUGGAGCAUACGAAUGGACGCGCGACUUUGCCCACAACAAUGAAUUCAUGCGCAACGUGCAGGAGAUGCAUCCCGAGCGCCUCGAAACAACUUCGGAGCAGCUCUGGGACUGGGGGAGGGCCAUAUAUGAGUUUGUUCAUGUCUGGGACUGGAAGCCAUUUGGCGGCAGCACUGCCUACGACGUACACCUGUGGACCAUACCCGUCGAAUUUCGCUGCUCCUUGGUUCUGUUUCUGACCCUCGUCGGUGUCGCCCGCCUUCGUACCGCCGUACGCCUUGUGGUGCUGGUAGUUCUCGCGCUCUUCUGCUAUCGAUCUAACCGCUGGGAUAUGCUUCUCUUUUAUAGUGGCACCAUACUCGCAGAGUUGGAUCUGAUUCGUAAUGCGCACAGCGAUCCGGCCACCAACGCUGCUGUGGCCCUGCCCCCUGCAUCGUCAGACCUGCCUACAAUGUCAUCGAAUUCGCCCGCCUUGCUGCGAUCACCGACAAGCAAAAGCCCCGGCUUCAUCAACUACAGCCGGCCCCGCCCCCUCCGCAGGAUGCUCUGGUUGACACUCAGCAUCCUCGCCCUGUACUUCAUGAGCCAGCCUGACGUUGGCUCCGAAGAAACUCCGGGUUGGGUGUUUCUAUCAUCGUACAUUCCCGAAUGGUGGGAUGAGAAGUACCGGUACUGGCAGACUAUCGGUUCCAUCCUCUUCGUUGCAGCAGUUGGCCGCCUGCCGUUCUGGCAACGCCUCUUCAACACCUCCCCUAUCCAGUAUCUUGGUCGCAUUAGCUACGCCAUCUACCUAAUGCACGGUCCCGUCUUACACACUAUUGGCUACAUGAUCGAGGCACGGUCAUGGGAGGCUGUAAGCGCUGCUAGUAAAGGCGGUGAGGGGAGGUAUAUUGCAGGUUUUGUGCUGGGGAGCUUUUUCAUCGUUCCGAUAACCAUCUGGGCGGCCGAUGUUUUCUGGCGUGCAGUAGACGCGCCCGUAGUAAGGUUUUCCAAGUGGCUUGAGGGGGUGUGCUCUGUGAGUUCGGAAUCAAGUCAAUAA